CAUUUUUCGGGAUUAAUUCAGGAGUUACCGCAGCUAACUCCGUUGCUGAAUCCAAACAUAACUCUCAAAAUUUUAGGGAGUUUGUGAGAUUUUCGUUGGCAACAUUGUUAAUAAUUGACAGCUGUAUACUAUUGUGAAUGAAAAAUAAGAACAGUGACAGCCAUUUUACGUUUAAAUGUAAACAAAGUUAUUUUGAAAAGCGACAAUUAAAGAUAAAAAGUAAGUAAUUUUAGUAUUUUGCAUUGCCUUCUAAACGAAAAUUACUAUCUUUGUUUUAAUUUCAGAUGGCUGGCAGAAAAAAGCGUUCAGGGUGGACCGUAAAGGAUGAGUUGGAGCUGCUGGAAAAAUGGGAGGCACGUUCCCACGACCUCCGGCGUGCAAAGCGAAAUGCUCAUAUAUACAAUAGAUUUCGCAGGAAAUGGCACAAAAAUAUACCGCCGAGGAAAUUCACUGCAAAGUAAAAAACAUUACCAAGAAAUACAGAGAGGAGAAAACCAAAAUUGGCCCUUCUGGUGGUAGUCCCUCGCCUUGGAGGCAUUAUAAUGCUGUGAAUCGCAUAGUAGGGUGUACUGCCGUUAAUUCGGCUUUGUAUAUAGAGGCCUACUCGUAUUCCGAGAAUUCAACAUUAACACAAUUGUUGCCGCCGUCCGACCCACCAUUAUCACCUCCGUCACCAUCGCCAUCAUGUCGGCUGCCACCUUCGUUGCCGUCACCACCACCAUCAUGUCCGCUGCCACCUUCUUUGCCGUCACCACCACCAUCAUGUCCGCUAGCACCUUCGUUGCCGUCACCACCACCAUCAUGUCCGCUGCCACCUUCGUUGCCGUCACCAUCACCAUCAUGUCCGCUGCCGUCACCAUCACCUUCAUCAGCAACAAGAAAACGCAAUUUUAGCGCCGAGUUGUUAAAGUCCUAA